GAAUCUCUUGACUAAAGGUGACUUGAAUGAAUGGAAAACGCUUUUCCAUGGCUGAAACAGAGUAGAGGGAGCAGCCCAGACAAAGCAGCGAGAAACUUUGACGCUGAAAAUCGCCACUCCUGACCCGCCAAACAUGGAUUUAAAGCAGACCGCGGUGGUGCAGUAAAUCCAGCACCUUGCUGAAGGGAUGAAAGCGAUAUUGGAGUGAAUUUAAAGUCCCGCUGCUGCUGAAUGGACUAGCUUAUUUUGGUUCUGUGGGUGGACGAUGACGCUUUACAAUGCAACAGUCCUCAUGUCAGGAGUUGUAUCUGACUGCUGGUGACUGCUCCGCCAGCUGCUUUAGUGUGAACUUCUACCUCAACGCAUUGGACGCAGAGUAAAGGCAAACAUCAUGGUUCCCAACAAGUGGAUUAUGCAUCCAGCUCUUCACAAAUCUCCUCCCAGAAGUUGGCUUGGCAUCCGGCUGCGUCUCCACGAGAAGUCUUCUCAGGAUGAAGAGUGUGUGCUCUGUCAGCAUCCAGACUGUCCAAAGCGCAGACACGCAUCAAAGGUUUGUCAUCACCCCGACUGUCAGGAGCUGAACGGUAAAAGCCCUCUGCACCUGUGCGAGUCAUGUGAUUCUCGCUGUCACCUGGAUGAGUCUGACAGCAUGCACUUUGACAGACAUCCCCGCUUCGACGUACAGCCACAAGGUUCUAUCCUGGCACGAAAUGUGUCGACACGUUCCUGUCCUCCUCGAACGAGCCCUCCUUCAGACCUGGAGGAGGACGAAGAAGCGAGCACUGAACGAGGAGAGCGUAAGGCAGGAGGCUUAAAGCUGAAAGCGAGAGAAGGAAACAAGCCCCGACGUCACCACACUGAUAACCCGAGGAGGGAGUGCUUCAGUCUCAAGUUUGACCUCAACAUUGACAUUGACACAGAGAUUGUCCCCGCAGUCAAGAAGAAGACGUUACGAGAAGUGCUUGGGCCCAUUUUUGAGCGGAAGGGCAUUGAAUUGUUCCGAGUCGAUCUGUUCCUGGAUCAGUCCAACACUCCAUUGUCUCUCGACUUCGAGGCGUUCCGUUUCGGUGGACGUUAUCUCAAAGUGAAAGCUCGACCUGGCGAUGAGCUGAAGGUGGAACAGAGUGUUAAGGAUCUGCGCUCGCUCAGCCUGCCCAACAUCAAGCCGUCAGUAGGGGGCAGCGUCUACAUCCUCACGCCAGCCACUGACAAACCAGAGCACAGUUCCCUGCCCCGCAGAGACAGCGUCGACAUACUGGGUCAGGCCCGUCGGACGAAGGACAUGAAGCAGUUUCUGGGUGAUGCCAGCAUCCCCUCUAUGGACACUCUGGCCCUGCUGGGAGGCUCUCUGCCCACUGCGGCUCCUGGAGGAUCACUGACCGCUGGACCUAACAACUGCAAGAACCGCCCCCCGAACCGCUUCAGUAUCUUCUUUGGCGCCGGAGCUGAAAAGGAGGUGGACCGGGUGCAGCUGCUCAACACUAAGCUGCAGGCCUACAGUCAGUUCGGUCUGCCGAAGCUUCCACCUCAGCUGGCCUUUCACCAGGACUCCUGGGAGGAGGAAGAGGAAGAGCCCAACCUGACCCUGGAGGACAGCUGGAGGACACUUCUGGACGACCCCGAGAGUUUAAGUAGACGUCAGUUCCAACAGCAGGAGGCCAUAUGGGAGUUGAUACAAACUGAGGCUACGUACAUCAAGAAACUCAGGGUUAUCACUGAUCUGUUCCUGUGUGGUCUGCUGAAUCUGCAGGAUAAUAGUCUUCUGGGUGAAGUAGAGCCCACUCGGCUCUUCAGCAACAUCCAGGACAUUGUGCGUCUGCACUGCACGCUGUGGGUUCAGGUCAUGUUUCCGGCGCUGGAGAAAGCGCGAGGAUCCCGGAGCUUGAUCGAGCCCACAGACCUGCAGGAGGGCUUCAGUACGUUUGCAUCCCGGUUUCAGCCGUAUAUCCGGUACUGUAUGGAGGAGGAGAGCUGUAUGGAGUACAUGCGUUCACUGCUCAGAGACAAUGAGCUCUUCAAGAUCUACAUCACGUGGGCAGAAACGAAUAAACAGUGUAACCGUCUGAAGCUAGCGGACAUGCUAGUCAAACCGCACCAGAGACUCACCAAGUACCCCCUGCUCCUGAAGACCAUCCUGAAGAAAACUGAAGAUCAGGCCUCCAGAGAUGCUCUCAACAACAUGGUUGCAUGUGUGGAAGGCUUCAUCAACGGUGUGGACUCUCAGAUGCGCCAGCGGCAGGAGCAGCAGAAACUGGCAGCCACUUCAGCUCGAGUCGAGUCAUACGAGGCCGUGGAGGGAGCCAGUGAGGAGGUGGAGAAGGCUCUAAAGGAGUUCAGCCGAAUUGACCUGACCGCUCCGAUGAUUGGCACGUCGCCGGAAGAGACCCGGCAGCUGCACCUGGAGGGGGCGCUGCGCAUGAAAGAGGGCAAGGACAGCAGGAUGGAUGCUUACUGCUUCCUGUUCACUGAUCUGCUGCUGAUCACUAAACCAGUGAAGCGACUGGAGAAGGUGAAGGUGGUCCGGCAGCCGCUCCUCUUGCAUAAUGUGGUGUGCCGUGAGCUCAAAGACCCAGGCUCAUUUGUCCUCAUCUACCUCAAUGAGUUCAAGAGCGCUGUGGCUGCUUACACUUUCCAGGCCAACAGCGCCGCCCAGGGGAAAAGCUGGACUGAUGCAAUAUGCAAUGUGCAGAAUCAGCUGCAGCGUCUGCGGUCAGAGGAAGCCCGCAGACAGAAAGCUUGUCUGAAGAAAAGACUACUGGACAAUCAGGAGGACGAGGACAGCUGUAACUCCACUAACAGCUCACCUCACCUUAGACACAAAGACCAGAGCAACAGCCAAUCAGACGGCUCCACUGAAACCCUUUCAGUGAUGGAUAUGGAUGAAUCCGGCUUAUCUUUGGAUCCUUCUGUUCUCCACUCUGACCUUGGUGGACAUUCAGACCCCGACUCUGCCAUCCUGCAGCAGAACCCAGAGCUGGAGCCCCAUUUGAACAGUCAGGACGCCUCAGACCUGGACCCUCAGUACCGCUCCAUGUCCAUGGACAGCGCCUAUGGGACGCUCUCGCCCGAAUCCAUGCUGGAGACACAAAACCCAGCAGCUCCUGUACAAGAAGAAGAAAAAGAGGAGGAGGAUAAAGAGUCAACAGAGACGACAGGAGAUGAAGAGGGAGACGAUGAGGAAGAUAAAAUCUCUGUGGGAUCUCAAAACUCAAUCACACUCUCAUUUAAUAAACUCAGACGUCAAGCGCCAGUUCAGCGCCGUCUGCCAUUUUUGGAGAGACUCGUAGGUAAAUCCCGAUCUGAGGACAACCUGCUAUCCACGGUUCACCAGGAUAUUCCAAAGAAGAAAAUAAAAAGUCGGCACACCUGGGAGCAGAGGGUUAAACAUACUGAACCGGCGCUCAGCCGGAGCCUGACGGAGCUUAAAGCGGCCGAAUCAGACGAGUCUCUGCCCACAGAAGAGAGUCACAGACUGACCUGCAGUUUGCCCUCUGCUGUGCUUAUGGACACUUUGAAGCGGGCUAAAAUGGCCCGCGAGACUGGCACUGGUCAGAUUCCCAACAGUAGCGCGUCAGAUGGGGAACUGUCGCCCCCUGCUGGUGUAGAGGGAACCGGGAACCGCCGUCAGAAAACACAGCAGCACAAGAAGCUCACGCUGGCGCAGCUUUAUAAGAUACGAACAACGCUGGUGCUCAACUCCACGCUCACUGCAUCAGAAGUGUAGCGUCCCUCCAGGACAGAUGUUCUGAGUUCUGCGGGACACAAAUGCACUCUUUCCUCUUCUCCGUUCCCUCUUCCAGCCGGACAGAUCCCUUUCCUAAAGCAGAGGACUGCCGACUCUUCAACUCUUGCACUUUGUAAAAUACAAAUAACUUCAAAAGAGGACAUCCAGUUAUCAGAAAACUCGAGGACAACAAAUGAUCAAAGAACAGGUUUAAUCAGAGCCCUUCCUGUGGGAUGCUUGAGGCCACAUGACGGCAUUAAUAGUAAAGAAAACACUCUAUUGCUUAUUUCUGUUUUCCGACAACUCUGUAAAAAACAUUAGCUGACUCGACUUACAAAAAUCAAUAGUAAUUCUGUUAAAGGAGCACUCUUUAACAGGCAUAUUUUACAACUCCCCCAGAUUUAAUCAGUUGAGUUUUAUAAUUUUAAAGCCAACCCAGCCAAUCUCUUUAUCACUUUUAGCUUAGUAUAAAUCAUUGAAUUAGAUUAGACCAUUAGCAUUUCACUCAAAAAAGGCCAAAAAGUUUCUAUAAUUUUCCUAUUUAAAGCUAGACUCUUCUGUAGUUACGUUGUAUACUAAGAAUGACCGAAAAUAAAGAGUUAUUUUCUAGGACGACAUUGUAAGGGGACUUUUAUUCUGGCGUAUUAAUCAAGGAAGUUUGCUGCCAUACCAUGGCUGCAGCAUGUGCAAUGGCUUUACACUGCGCUGGUACAUAUUUUCCUAGCUGGGGACUAUUUUCAUAUACAUUAAAUAAGAAAAUGAUUGACAUUUUUAAGUGAGAUGCUAAUGUUCUAAUCCAAUUCAAUGGCUUAUGCUAAGCUAAGCUAUAAGUUCUCCUGUAAGACCCAGAGAUCGGCUGAAUGAUUGAAAAAUGGUAGAACUCAACCAUUUAACUUUAUGGGAGUUGUAAAAUUAGCCUAUUUCCAAAAAAAAAAUUUGAGUGUUUCUUUUAAGUGAACUUAAAAGAGUGAACUUUAAAGUAAACAUUUAAGUGUGCAAUUAUAAAACAAAGUCGAUUUAAAAGUUCCAAGCUACAAUGGGUUUACUCAUUUAAUUCAAGUAGCUGAUCACUUUUUACAGUGAAUUUGGAUGUGAACUGCACUACUGUAUGAAACUGUGUGUAUGUUUGUGUGUGUGUUUGUGUUUGUGUGUGUGUGUGUGUGUGUGUGUGUGUGUGUGUGUGUGUGUGUGUGUGUGUGUGUGUAAGAGAGAGUUUAUGAAUGUGAAUGAGUGAGAUCUCAACCUAUAAAAACCAAAUCACUGUUUGACUUCAGAGAAUUUCAGCAGCCCUUAAAGCGAGAGUACACCAAAAAGAAAAACAUUUACUUGCCCUCAUGUGAGAUUUCAUUUAUUGCUGUUGAACACAACAAUAUUUAUAUUUUGAAGAACGCAGCAAAACAUUGACAUCCAUAGUAGAAAGAAACAAAUCCUAUGGAAUCUGAAACAUUCUUCAAAACAUCUUCUUUUGUGUUCCACGGAUGAAACAAACUCAAACAAGUUUGAAGAGAGAGAGAGAGAGAGAGAGAGAGAGAGAGAGAGAGAGAGAUUAUGAAUGUAAAUGAGUGAGAUCUCAAACCUAUAAAAACCAAACCACUGUUUGACAUCAGAGAACUUGAGCAGCCGUUAAAGCGACAGCAAAGCCCAAAUCAAACAUUAACUCACCCUAAAGUGAGCUUUCCUCUUUUAGCAUUGAACAUAAAAAAAUAUGUUUUGAGAAAUGUAGCAAACCAUUGACAUCCAUAAUAGGAAAAAGCUAAUCCUAUGGAAUUAAAUUCUACAUCAUUCUUCGAAACAUCUUCUUUUGUGAAACUUAGACAGGUUUGAAAAGAGAGAGUUAAUGAAUGUUAAUGAAUGUGUAUGAGUGAGAUCUCGGCCUAUAAAAACCAAAUCACUGUUUGACUUCAGAGAACUUGAGCAAUCCUUAAAGUGGCAGUACACCCAAAAACAAACAUUUACUCUCCCUCUUUUACACUGCAAAAAAAAAA